GUUGAGAUUAUUUUAUAUCCCAAUAAUUGCUCAAUUAAACGCCAACAAAGGCCUAUAUUAUACCAGGGGGACAAACAGAAACUUUGUGCUUGUUUACAAACACAAGAAUUCAGAUUGAGCUUCACGUUGACCAUCAAAGAUAGAUACAAAAGAUUGAGCUUAAUCAAUGGCUGAAACACCCAAAAGGUAUGCUGUUGUUACAGGGUCAAACAAAGGGAUCGGGUUUGAGGUUUGCAGGCAGUUGGCAGCUCAAGGUAUCACAGUGGUGUUGACCGCUAGAGAUGAGAAAAGGGGGCUUGAAGCUGUUGAAAAACUCAAAGCCUCUUCCCUUUCUGGUUCUGUCAUCUUUCAUCAGCUUGAUGUGGCUGAUUCAGCAAGUGUUGCUUCCCUUGCUGAAUUUAUCAAGUCCCAAUUUGGCAAGCUUGACAUCUUGGUGAACAAUGCAGGGGUUAGUGGAGUCACUGUCGAGGGUGAGUCUCUGAAAGCUUCCCCUGGGGAUGCCUCUGAGACUGGAGGAUCGAAAAGCAAUUUGAGUGAGAUAAAGUUGACUCAGACCUAUGACUUAGCAGCAGAAUGUCUUCAGAUAAACUAUUACGGUGCCAAAAGAACUAUUGAAGCACUGCUUCCCCUACUCCAGCUCUCUGAUUCACCAAGGAUUAUUAAUGUAUCCUCGUCGUUGGGGAAGCUCGAGAACAUUCCAGAUGAGUGGGUUAAAGGGGUACUCAGCGAUGCCGAGAAUCUUACAGAAGACAAAAUCGAUGAAGUGCUGAAUGAGUUCCUCAAAGAUUUCAAGGAGGGGUCUUUAGAAGCCAAAGGCUGGCCUAAAUAUAAUGGUGCAUAUAUUCUCUCUAAAGCAGCCUUGAUUGCAUACACAAGGAUUCUAGCCAAGAAAUACCCAAGUUUUCAGAUUAAUUCUGCUUGCCCGGGAUACGUCAACACUGAUAUCAACUUCCAUACUGGUCACUUGACAGCGGAAGAAGGUGCGGAGAGAGUGGUGUGGGUGGCAUUGUUGCCUGAUGAUGGGCCUUCUGGCUGCUUCUUUGAAAAGAAGGAAGUCUCAUCUUUCACUUCAUCAAUGGCUAAAGCAACCAAAAAGUAUGCUGUUGUUACAGGGGCAAACAAAGGGAUUGGCUUGGAGAUUUGCAGGCAGUUGGCAAGAGAAGGUAUCACAGUGGUGUUGACUGCUAGAGAUGAGAAAAGGGGGCUUGAAGCUGUUGAAAAACUCAAAAGCUCCGGCCUUUCUGAUUGUGUCGUCUUUCAUCAGCUUGAUGUGGCUGAUUUAGCAAGUGUUGUUUCCCUUGCUGAAUUUGUUAAGUCCCAGUUUGGAAAGCUUGAUAUCUUGGUGAACAAUGCAGGGAUUGGUGGCGCCAUCGUUGACGGUGAGUCUUUCAAAGCUUCUGCUGGGGCGGCCAGUGGGACUGGAGGAGCAAAGAUCAAUUGGAGUGAGAUAAUGACUCAGCCCUAUGAUUUAGCAGCAGAAUGUCUUCAGAUAAACUAUUACGGCGCCAAAAGAACUACUGAAGCACUGCUUCCCCAACUCCAGCUCUCUGAUUCUCCGAGGAUUGUUAAUGUAUCCUCUUCGAUGGGGAAGCUGGAGUACAUACCAAAUGAAUGGGCUAAAGAAGUACUCAAUGAUGCCGAAAACCUCACCGAAGAGAGAAUUGAUCAAGUGCUGAAUGAAUUCCUCAAAGAUUUCAAGGAGGGUUCUCUAGAAGCCAAAGGUUGGCCUGGUUAUUUAAGUGCAUAUAUACUCUCUAAAGCAGCCAUGAAUGCGUACACAAGGAUUCUAGCCAAGAAGUACCCAAAUUUUCGGAUUAAUUGUGUGUGUCCUGGAUACGUUAAAACCGAUAUCAACUUCAAUACUGGUUAUUUGACACCAGAAGAAGGUGCGGAGAGCCCGGUGAGGCUGGCUCUAUUGCCUGAUGAUGGGCCUUCUGGCGAGUUCUUUGUUAGGAAGGAAGUCUCAUCUUUUUAUUGCAGGUAUGCAGUUGUUACAGGGGCAAACAAGGGGAUUGGAUUGGAGAUAUGCAGGCAGUUGACAUCUCAGGGUGUUUCUGUGGUGCUGACAGCAAGAAAUGAGAAGAGGGGGCUUGAUGCUGUUGAGAAACUGAAAAAAUCUGGGCUUUCUGAUUACAUAAUGUUUCAUCAGCUCGAUGUGAUGGAUUCAGCAAGUAUCGAUUCUCUUGCUGUGUUUAUGAAGUCUCAAAUUGGAAAGCUUGAUAUAUUGGUGAACAAUGCUGGGGUUGGUGGAACUACCGAUGGCGGGACUGGUGGAGCAAAAAUGAAAAGGACUGCAUAUGAGUUAGCAGUAGAAUGUCUGCAAGUGAACUACUAUGGCACCAAAAGAACCACUGAAGCAUUGCUUCCCUUACUCCAACUCUCUGACUCUCCAAGGAUUGUUAAUGUUUCCUCGUCAAUGGGGGCGCUAAGUGGUAUACGCAACAAAUGGGCUAGAGAUACACUUAACGAUGUUGAGAACCUCACAGAAGAGAGCAUUGAUCAAGUAUUAAAUGAGUGCCUCAAAGACUUUAAGGAGGGAUCUGUAGAAGCCAAAGGCUGGCCUAGUUAUAUGAGCGCGUAUUGUAUCUCAAAAGCAGCCGUGAAUGCAUACACAAGGCUUCUCUCAAAGAAGUACCCCAAAAUGCUGAUUAAUGCUGUAGGCCCCGGCUGGACCAAGACCGAUCUCAGCAACCAUACCGGGACACUGACUCCUGAAGAAGCUGCCAGAAGUCCAGUGAGGGUGGCCCUGUUGCCUGAUGAUGGACCUUCUGGCACGUUCUUUGAACGGAUGCAAGUUUCAUCAUUUUAAUGUUCGUCCAUCUGGCUUGUUCUUUAUUCGGAUGCAAGUUUCAUGGUUUGUUUUUUCAUGUCUGUGUUAGAUGUAAAGGUUUUCGGACAAAACUCAAAACUGAUAGUGAAUGAAUUGUGAUUUAGGUGAA